GGUCAAGCAAAAAAAACUCAAAAAAACAGGAAAAUGGAGAGGGGUAAACCGAAGAAUUGUCAUUUAUAUCUCGAAUCCUUUAAAUUAAUUGGCAUUCAAGAAUUUUUAGUGAAAAUUAUCUGAGUACUUUUUCUUGGUAUAAAAGCCAACAUCACAUUCCCAACUUAUUUAUUCUUUUUCUCUCUCUCUUUUUUUCCGGAAAGUUUAUUUAAAUUUAUUUAAAUUUUUUGUAGUUUCUCUUCAAAAUAUUUAAAUAAUGACUGCAACGAGUGGACAAACGGCUUCACGUGGGAAGAAAAAACAUUUUCUUAACAAAUUUGUUGUCCGUAAAUAUUGCUAUGGUUAUUGUGGAUGUGGGGUUUGUUUGGUUAUAGCUGGAUUUAUUCUCAUCUUUUUCAUGGGUUUGAAUGUGUCUUGGUAUAAUAGGGCAAUUUACAAUGCUAAACAGCGCAAGAGUUUAUUGUCUGGACGAAGCAAAUUCGAGGCAUAUUUUCAAAGUGUUUGUCCAAUCUAUCCGUUUGCUAAUGGUUCUAUGCCUGAAUUUGAUUAUUCAUAUUGCAACCGUUAUUGUAAUAAGAAUGAACAUAUGGAAUUUAUGUAUAGAAUUAUUAAACCAAAUGAAUCUAAAGUCAUGGAUGCUAAUAAGGAUGCUAAAUGUCCUUAUUAUGUUGUUCUUAGACCCUGCCAAUGUGAUAAAUACAAAAAUGGAGCAAAAAUUGAAUCUCAUUGUGAGGCUAAGAAAUUCAAUAAAGAAUUCAUCUCAAUUAAGGAAAAAGAAGGUGAAAGUAAAACUACAAAAUUGGGUAUUUGUAUUCCUUGUGAGGAUGAUUCUGCCGAUUCAAAAAUUAAUAAGAAUGCAACAACUGUUGAACCAAACACGAAGAAGAAUGGGUAGAAAAAGAG